AUGAAUGGGACCAGUUCCUGCUCUGGGACAGUGGAAGACUUUUAUGAAGGARAGUGUGGAGCCACAACCCAGCUGUCUACACACUACUGCAGCUACAUCCUCCCAGUCAUCAGUUCCCACAGUCCUCCACUCCAUCAGCACAGCGACUGCCUCCUUCCACCCGCCUCACAUAAUCAACCUCUGAGAAAAGAAAAUAAUAGAAAAAGAAGAGCGAGAUGGACUGCCCUUCUCCAUAGAGCCCCCCCUGUAGACCUGCAGGAGCCCCACAGCCAAGCUCCCCGCAGACUACCUCUGCAUCCUGCCGGUCAAAGUCAGCUUCGCACACUGAGGCCCAGGACUGACUUGACUUCACCUCCUCUCUUCCGGAGCAGAAUCCAGCUCCAUCCACAAGCCGCACAGACUCUGGAGAAAAAGAAUCUUCUGGUCCAGCGUGAUAUAUCCCUGACUGACUCAAUGGGAGGGAUGUUCAGGGCCUACAACUUCACCAUCACCUGCUCCACUCAGCCACAGUACCCAGGAAGCUCCUUCCUCCUCACUUUCACCAGCUCAAACAGAACUCAGACCGCUGUCAAUGACUCAGCUGCCUUCCUCUUCCCUGCUGCAAAUGACUCCCACCAAGGGGACUACAGCUGUGUUYAUGAGAAUGAUGUUUUCUCUCAUAACUUCUCCUCUGAGGGAGAGCACUUCUCCCUCACUGUCACAGCCUCUCCUCUGCCAAACUUCAUCAGACACAUUGUAGUGCUGCUGAUCCUACUGACAGCCAWCACCACCUCCUACCUGUACUUCAAGAAUUUGGCAGUACGUCCAAACGGCCUCACAACCGCAGACCAAAUGUAACCACGCCAGCCCAGGACCUCCACAUCCGGCUUCUUCACCCGUGGCAUCGUCUGAGAUGGGGGGUGACGAGCAUGGAUCUUUAUGUCAAUUCCAUGGAGAUGGUCUCUCUGCGCUCCAGAGCUGAAGCCGGAAGAGAGUAGCCCAGGGGACGGAGUAGGACAACACUGAUCCUACACGCUGAUCUUAUGUAAGUUCUGCAUUUUAAAAUCCAUUGUCAGCCUGCACUUGUGUGUAAAAUGUGGUGUCAAACCUUAAGUGGUUCAAACUUUAACAACACAAGUUCAGAAUGUGUUUAUAUAUUAUAACCUUGGAAGAAAUCUUAAAGGAGUAACUGCAAAAACCCUUAUUCUUUUUUGUAUUAUUAUUGCUUUGACAUGUAUAACUUUUAAGAAACUUAACUCAUUUACGCCUUGCAUUCCAACAUGUAUUGCUUUUUGGCUUUGUUUAUGUUGCAUAUCUUAUUCUGUAUACUCUAAGAUUCUUUAUCUUGAAGUGUUACCAUAUAUUAUUAUAAUCAUCAGCCGGCAUUUAAUCCGAUUGCACGUCGUAGCGCGCUUGUCAUUUAAAGCUAUAAUCCUUAAUUGGUGAAACUGCCACGACCGUUUGGGACAUUACAACAACAAAGAAGUUACUGCAAACAACGAACACUAUUUGACAUCAUUACAGGCUUGAUAGAACAACAGAAUAUAUGCUGCAAUUMGUUUUCACCACGCUGCCGAGGCUCCUCUCCUCCGUUUCUCUUCCUUUUCAACAAGACAAAAACAAUAACAAAGGCCCUGAGGCGAACAAUAGGCUGUUUCCCCUAACGUGGAUCUGUAAAGGUAAUUUCCGAUUGAGCCGACAUCUGCAGUCUUUACCGUGAAUGUGAUCUCCACGAAUGCAGAAACAUUGCCUUUAAAAUCAGCAUGGUCAACAGCGCUCUACAACAGGCAAUCGGAUUAAAUCCUGGCCUUUUAUAUAUUUUUAAACAUUUUUUAAAAGGGGGACUUUUUUCACAAGAGUUUUUGGUUGGUUGUUGGGGUUUGUUUUCUUGUUUUUUAUCUCAUGUUAUUCAUGAUAAAUGUUAUGAUUUUAAUUACUAUGUACCGGUAUAUUAUUGUUAUGAUGCUAGUAGUACAGUGCAUUCAGAAAGUAUUCAGACCCUUUGACUUUUUCCACAUUUUGUUACGUUACCGCCUUAUUGUCAC